AUGGCCAAACUCACGGCUUUCGCCUUGGUUUUCGCCGCCCUCUUUGCCCUCUCAGCCGCCACCACCUACACCACCACAGUAAUCACCACCACCACCACGGAGGCCAACCCCCAGGGCCAGGAGGAGAUGUGCGAGUCGGAAAUAAGAACGAAGAAAAUGACCCACUGCAUGCAGUACAUGUGCUCCGGCAUGGGCGGCCAAUACGAGCUUUCCUUCUUGAGGAGUGCGGUGGCUAAUCCGAGGAGCUCCGAGGAGGAGCAUCUGGAGAAGUGCUGUGAGGAGCUCUCGAACAUAAGGCCCCAGUGCCGUGGGCCCGCCGUCAGGCGGAUGAUGGGGCAGAUGAAGCAGCAGUAUGGGACUCAGGAGAUGGAGAAGAUGGCCCAGAAGGCGCGUGCCCUGCCACAAAUGUGCCAUUUUACCCAGUAUUGA